GUUGCGGCUGGGGUGGGUCGUUGGGGGAGCGGCGGGCGGAGUAGCGGGUGCAGAAGCACGCAGCUACUGUCUUCUCUGCCACCAUGGGGUCCCAGCUGAGCACGUUGAGCCGCGUGGCGCUCUCUCCCGUCUGGUUCCUCUACAGCCUCUUCAUGAAGCUGUUUCAACGCUCUUCACUGGCCAUCACCCUCGAGAAUCCUGACGUCAAGUACCCACUGCGGCUCAUCGACAAGGAGAUUAUCAGUCACGACACUCGGCGUUUCCGCUUCGCCCUGCCUUCGCCCCAGCACAUCCUGGGCCUUCCCAUUGGCCAGCACAUCUACCUCUCGAGUAGGAUUGAUGGGAACUUGGUCAUUCGGCCUUACACCCCCGUCUCUAGUGAUGAUGACAAGGGCUUCGUGGACUUGGUGGUCAAGGUUUACUUCAAGGACACCCAUCCCAAGUUUCCUGCCGGAGGGAAGAUGUCUCAGUACCUGGAAAACAUGAAUAUUGGCGACACCAUUGAAUUCCGGGGCCCCAACGGGCUGCUGGUCUACCAGGGCAAAGGGAAGUUUGCCAUCCGUGCAGACAAGAAGUCCAACCCCGUUGUCAGGACAGUGAAGUCUGUAGGCAUGAUUGCAGGAGGGACAGGCAUCACCCCAAUGCUGCAAGUGAUCCGCGCCGUCAUGAAGGACCCAAAUGACCACACCGUGUGCUACCUGCUCUUUGCCAACCAGUCUGAGAAAGACAUCCUGCUGCGGCCUGAGCUGGAGGAACUGAGGAACGAACAUUCCGCUCGCUUCAAGCUCUGGUACACAGUGGACAAAGCCCCGGACGACUGGAACUACAGCCAGGGCUUCGUGAACGAGGAGAUGAUCAGGGACCACCUUCCACCCCCUGGGGAGGAGCCGCUGAUACUGAUGUGUGGACCUCCACCCAUGAUCCAGUUUGCCUGUUUGCCAAACCUGGAGCGUGUGGGCCACCCCAAGGAGCGAUGCUUCACCUUCUGAUGACCGGACGCUGGCCACUCCCGUGCCUGCUGUUCCUGUAUUCACCACAGCCACCUGCCCUCCCCUUCCUUCCCCACCACUGUCCCCCACCCUAACAUCAGCUCACAUCCAUACUGGGGCCUGGGUUCAGCCUGGCCUGCCCGGCCCUGGUCAUCCAGCUCUUCUGGCCCCUGAGGGGCCUCUUUGGGAUCAGGACAUUGUAUCAGGUGGUCCCUGUUGACCACUUUCUGCAUAGGCUCCUGUUUGGCACUAGCUAACCAUUAUCAGAGAUGUCCCAUGACCACCCCUUUACACACACACACACACACACACACACACACACACACACACACACAGAGCUGUCAGUAUCAUGUCUACCCCUUGCUGUGGACCACACAGUCUAUAGAAAGGAAGAGGGAAGGGUAACAGCCAGUCUCAGGACCCAUGCCUACCAUCCAACUACCUGCCUUAGGCCAUGACCUGGCCUGUGCCCCUCACACUACUUUAGAUGAUGACACCCAGAGGUUCUCUCAGGAGGGUGUCUGGCAGUGACAAGCUACCCCCCCACUGCUGGCCAAGCAUUUCUGGGGCAGCACAUGGACCCUUCCAAAACCUCACGCCCUCCCCCUGCAGCCUUGGGUGCCCUGAGUCAUCAGCCCAACAGAGUGGGGUAGACCUUGGGAUCCCCGACGUGGUCUGGAACCAUCAUUCUGGCUUGUUUCUCCAUCCCAAACCUCCCGCCCGCCCGGUCCCCAGCCUGGGGAAGGGCGGCUGAGCAGUGCCUCUUGUCUGGGGAACAGACCCGGUGCCUGGCGCAGCCUCCAGCAGAUGGUGUCGUCUCCUAACACCGGCUUUUUUAGUCAUUUAUGGGCAGAAAAAAGUUGAAGUAAAACUUUGCUAACACUGA